AUGUCUGCCAAGCUGAUGUUUAACCAGAACUCUGUGGUGACCUAAUUCAUACUUCUGGGUUUUCCCAUGGCCUGGGAACUGGAGGUCCUCUUCCUCAUUGUGUUUCUCAUACUCUAUGUAGUGACAGUCUCUGGGAAUGUGACGAUCAUCUCAGUUACACUGGCUGAUCGUUGUCUACACAGCCCCAUGUAUUUCUUCCUUUGCAAUCUUUCCUGCAUAUCAUGGGCAACAGCCAUUGUUCCAAAAAUGAUGAAAGGUUUAAUCUCUUUGGAAAAGACUGUCUCUGUGCCUGCAUGCAUCUCAGAAUGCUAUUUCUACUUCUUUUUUGGCACUACCGAAGUAAUUUUCUUGGCUGUCAUGUCACUUGAUCGCUAUGUGUCCAUUGCAUCUUACUCCACCAUCAUGAGCACCCAGAUGUCCUUCCAACUAGGGCUGGCUUCUUGGGCUAGAGGCUUAUUCUCUGCCCUCUCUCCCAUGAUCUAUCUCUUGACUCCCUUCUGUGGGCCAAAUGUUAUUGAUCACAUUUUUUGUGACAUUGAGCCAUUGAUAAAGCUCUCUUGUGCAGAAACCUGUCUCCUGGAGCUGGUGAAGUUUCUCUUGUCCACUGUGAUGCUCUUAUGCUCUCUGGCAUUUACCAUUCUCUCCUAUCUGUCUAAAUAUGUGUUUGCCAGCAGGCCAGAUUUGACAGAUGUUCCUCUCCAAGCUCCAGAUGAAGAACUAUAUAACGAUGGAAGCAGUUUUGUUGUGAAAGCAGAGAGGAAGACUGGCUAUGCUGUGAUAGCCCUAACUGAAGAUCGAGAGAUUAAAACAGUACCUCCAAAUACAUCAGCACAAGAAGCAGAAAUAAUUACCUUAACCAAGACUCUGAAGCUGGCCAAAGGAAAAGAGUUAAUAUACUACGGUGUAAAAAGGACAAUAAGGAGUGGUGGAUUACCUCACAUGGACAUUGUAUAG